GACCUUUGUAUUUCUAUUUCCCUUAACGCAUAGACAAAAAAAAAAAAGCUGAGCAACACAACUCAAGUCCACACACCACAAACAAACAAAGCAAAGCAUACCCCACAAGUUGAAGGAGAGCUCGAGAACCUUUGGAGUGAACGAACCAACACCGAACAUCUCCUUCGAUUUUUUUCUUCCAUCUGCUGCUCGUUGAUAAUUCAUUGAUCAUGCCUUCUGGUGCCAAGAAGAGAAAAGCCUUGAAGAAAAAGAAGGAGCAGGAAGCCUUUGGAGUCAGUCCAAGCAACAAAGGCUUCAAUGGUCAUGGUAAUGAUGAACAUGGAAGCCAAGAUGAGGGAGAAAGUGAUGGCAAUUUGAGCUCCCCUGGCUCUCAAGGAAAUGGAGAAGUUUGGACAAGAGAUCCAUCUCCUUCUCCGUUAUCUGGUCUGAAGAAGGACAUUGUUAAAGACCAAACAGAUGUUCCUCAAGGACAAGAAGCUAAAGGUGAAGACGUUGGAAGUGGAACAUGUCACGAGGAGAAGAAUGGUGUGCACAAACCACCAUAUUCCUCUUCUGAAAAUGUUACUCACAAUACUACUAAAGAGGCUGGUGGUACUUUGGAAAUUGCACCUGCUGAUGAUUCUGUCUCAAAGGUUGUGAUUACUAACAACAAUGGACCAGCUGAAAUCUCGACAGAUUUGGGUUCUGUCCAACUAGAAGAAGCAAAGGAAGGUAAUAUUCCAGGAUCUGCGGCAGAAACAAGUAAGCCAGGAUCUUCUGAAGACAAGAGUCUUCUCCCUUCUGGUCCACCAGUUACUCGAACCUCCUGGUUGAGUUGCUGCGGUUUGUUUGAUGUGAUGGCAGGGUCAGAAAGAUAAUACAGAACAUGAGGAGGAAAUCAUUCAGCAAACAGUGGACAUCUAAAGCUACAUGGUCCGUAGAUUAUUUUAUGUACAUUCAACCAUUAAUGUCUUUUCUUAAUAAUAAUAUGAGUGUUUUGAAACAUAUACAAACAAGAAUAAAAAUGAUUUUCUAUUCAUGUCAAGGAGUUUUGGAUUCAUGAUGAGAUGUGAACAUAGUUCUGUUUUUCUUGUGUAAUAUAUAUUGUCCUUU